AUGGUUUGCGUCAAGAGUUCGCUUCUCAUUCUUGGGAGCGCCUAUGUUGCCCUGGGGCAAUAUUGUGAACACCAGUGGGAAGGAGAGUUUGCAGAGCAUGACAUUGGCGGCGUCCCUUUCCUUCAAGCGGUGGAUAGCCAAGCUGCUCCGCCACUUGAAAUCCGGCCCCUGAUCAUCAGUGGCCCAUCUAGCAACCGUGUCGACCUUAUCUUUUUUGGCGAUGGAUACACAACCGAGGAAAAGGACAAGUUUUUCGACGAUGCCUUAUUCUUGGCCACGAAUCUCACCGAUGGCCAAACAUUCUCUGACGUGUUGCCAGUUGUGAAUUGGUGGGCAGGCUUCUCUGCUAGCGCUGAGAGCGGUAUUGGCGUUGGAGGGAAGCCCAAAGACACUGUAUAUGGUCUUUAUCGCGAUGGAACGGAGCUUAGGGGCGUAUAUUACCAGAAGCCCGAAGUCGCACGUGCUGCCUGUCAGUCCACGGAUGCCUGCGAUUAUCCUAUUCUUCUUGGAAAUGAUCCAUUUUAUGGCGGACUGGGUGGGACAUUCACUGUCACCACAUCCUCGCCUGGUAACGGGCCCGCUGUACUUCGCCAUGAGCUGGGACACUCGAUUAUUGGUGUCGGGGAGGAAUACGACGGGGGCCAGGUCUAUCGCGGAGUCAACUCAGCACGGACACCACAAACCGUGCCGUGGACUCAUUGGUAUAGUAACCCGUCGAGCGAGCCCAAGGUACAGCGAUCAAAUAUGCCGAUCCAGGCUUACCCCUGGACGCUGCUAAAUACGACCCAAGCCUGGAGCCGGACAUUCACUUCAGCUGGUUCUUAUGACAGCUACCUACUUCAAUUUAGUGUGAGCGGUGUGACGGCGAGCACUGAUCUGCGCGUUGAGAUUGAUGGGAAGGACUUGGGAUGGGAAGUCAACCCCGUUAUCGGCCUGGACCGCUGGAUUUACAACAUGAAAUUCGACGAAAACCUGUCGCCUGGAGCUCACCAGAUUAAGUUCACUCUAUUGAAUCAAGAACUCCAGGGCACUGCGCAGCUCUGCAAUCUUGAGAUCAUAGAAUAUGGCGAAAACGAUGCUGAGUUUACAUUCGAGCCGGAGUUCCACGGAAUCUUCCCGACAUACUCGUCCACGAAUGCUACUACUUACCGCCCAACGAACGAUCUUUGCCUCAUGCGAACGAUGCACUCUCCGGAUUUUUGCCAGCCCUGUAUCGAAGGCCUAUGGAUCUCACUCCUUCGCAAUCUCGCGCUCGUCGACAAUGUCACCCAAGUCGCUGACGGGAGCGGUUCUACGAACGUCACCCUGGACCUUCUUCCUCUUGCACAGUUCAGAGAGCAACCAAGACCUACUGAAUCCUACAUUUUAAGCUGGACCGCUCCCAAUGGUACAAGGUUAAGCCAGUGGGACAAUAAGACUAGUGCACUGCUUGGUAGUGAUCUUGCGGAAGUCAAUGUGGACAUUGAGUUUUCCACUACACAAGUCAGGGUGGACGAAGGAGGUGUGCUCAAGCACCGUGAGACCAUUCAGUUGUAA